UCCGCCGCAGCCAGCCAUGCCUCCGCUCGCACCCACUGUGAAGCUCAACAACGGGAGGGACAUACCGGCCCUCGGUCUCGGCACAUGGCAGGCAACUCCAGGAGAAGUCAGGGAGGCAGUUAAACACGCAAUCGACGCCGGUUAUCGCCAUAUCGACACCGCUGCUGUGUACCGCAACGAGUCAGAAGUGGGCGAAGCACUGCAGGAGAAAUUUAAGGAAGGGGCAGUCAAGCGGGAAGAGGUGUUUGUCACCAGCAAGUUGUGGAACACUUGUCAUAGACCGGAACUGGUUGUGCCAACAUGCAAGAAGACACUAGCAGAUCUUAAACUGGAUUAUGUUGACCUCUAUCUUGUUCAUUGGCCAUUUGCAUAUAAGGAAGGGGAUGAGUUUUAUCCUGCAGAGAAUGGCAUUGCAAUUACUACUGAUAUUGAUUAUUUGGAUACGUGGAAACAAAUGGAAGAGUGUGUCAACUUAGGUCUGGCGAAAAGCAUUGGUGUAUCCAACUUCAAUAGCAAGCAACUCAGCAGAUUACUUGAAGCAGCUACUAUCAAGCCUGUUAUAAAUCAGAUUGAGUGCCAUCCUUACCUGAACCAGAAGAAGUUGAUAGAGUUUUGCAAGCAGAGGGAUAUAGUAGUAACAGCCUACAGCCCUCUUGCAAAUCCAUCUAUUACAAUGCCAGCAGGGGGGUUACCUCUCUUACAAAAUCCAAAGCUGAAACUUCUUGCAGCCAAAUACAAGAAGACAGUAGCCCAAGUUGUUCUUAGAUAUGUGUUUCAGCUAGGAACUGUACCAAUUCCAAAGUCCUUCACCAAGAAGAGGAUUGAGGAAAAUAUCCGUAUCUUUGACUUUGAGCUCAGUAAUGAUGAUGUAACAGACAUCAGUAAACUGAACAAAAACUACAGGGUUUUCCCACAUGCUCAGGCAAAACAUUCAAAAUAUUAUCCUUUCCAUGAUGAAUUCUGAUGGAGAAGAAAGAGCUAAUAAAAUAAUGAAGAAAGUAUCAACUCUCCAUUUCAAACAAAUUCUACAGCAUUACAGACUUAUUUUUUUUGUCUUCAUUUACCAGGCCCCUUAUGCUGCCUAACUGUGAUAUUUCUAUAAAUACUUUUUUUCAUAUAUUAUGUGAAUAUUUGUUAGUGUGUCAAUGAUCAAUUCCACAUAUGUAAGG